GGCGGACCCGCCGCCUGCGCAGACGCUCCCGCGGGUCCGGGAGGUGCCGCAUCUGCCGCUGCCGCCCGGGGCCGUGUCCGCGCCCGGGAAAAGGGGAGAGAAAGGACACCGGGAGGAAGAGAACCCCCUCACCUGCAUCCGCCCAAACCAGCUGAGCGGGGCAGUGGGAAGAUGGGAUUGACAAACCAUGAAGGAAUAAUGAGGGAAUCCUGAAGCAGUAACAGUGUUUGCUCCUGGACUCUGCCCAAGGGGACUGUUUGCAUAUCAGUGCUCUUAACCAGUGGGACCAUGGAAGGAACAGAGAUGUCACCAAGUGUUAACUCAGAGGAGAGCAGUGUGUUGGACCUUCCAUCUGUUUGUGACCUGGCAGAGCUCUUUGUGCCUCCAUGCAGCACUGAAAACACUGAGGAACUUUAUCGUUCUGUGGAUGCUUUUCCCUCUCUGCCCACAGGAGAGAGCAAUCUAUCAUCUGCAGUUCCUGCAGGCUUUUCUGCUGAAGGCUCUGAGAAAGCAAACGUGAGAUGUUAUCCAAAAGCAGGGCUGUGUGAGCCCACAGAACCUGAUGGUGCUGCGCUCUCAUGGAUGUACGAACAUGACAGUGCUGAAGACCCCAGCAUCAGGAAAUCUCUUGAUGACUUCUACAAGAUGUAUUGCAAAAAACAACCAGGGAGAAUGGAUCCAACUUACGAGGCUGCAUCACGGUGUCUGUCACGGAAGAUUUCGGAGCUGGCAAACCGGGAUGGAACGAAAUAUGCAUCACGUUGCCUGCAAAUGGCACAGUUGGUCUUGAACAGAGACGGGUGCAAGAUCUUUCCAAACCACCCCCCUUCUGCCUGUUUUUCAAAGCCAGCUGAAGGAGAAGUCUUGUUGGAAGACAGAAAGAGAACACCUGGGCUCUCAGAUGACAUCCUCCAAUUCCUCUUGAAACAAACACAGGCAGAACGUAGCCCUGAUGUGUCACACGAGAAGUGAGCAAGACAGUGGUUUGUUUCUGUCAUUGGAGCUUUGCUUUCACUCUAAAAAGAGGUGACUUCCUUAGAAAGACACUCUUCUCCUGGCAUCACCUUCAACACCAGACACUCCAUGGAGGGGUUCACCUGGAGCAGACCUUGCCACCUUGUUCUCUGCAGGGCAGCACUGCACAAGGAGCACUUGUGGUCCCCAUGUAACUGCUUGGGACGUGUCACUAAUUGGGAUGGGUGAUGCAGUGUUUGUUGCUGGGACAUCAAACAUGAUAAUUUAAAUCCGCCAGGCUUUUAAACUGACCUACAUUUCUACCCCAGCUGAAUUGUGGCCCUGCCUAAAUUCAGCCUCUGUGUAGGCAUGGAUGUCCAAGUGCUGUUGAUUAGAACAGACUGUUUGAAUGAACUUGGCAUGGUAUGCCCCAGACCUAGAGAGAGAAGCUUAAUAUUUUAUUCUGUUCCUGGCUGAUACUGUAACAUGUAUGCCUCCACUGGGAUGCCUGUUAGCUGUAUGUGUUUACCUGCAGACAUAUGAUCCCACAGAUCAUGACUGCAAAUGCAGGGAAUGUUUUUCCGUUUGUGAUCCUCCUGAGGAAAGAGGCUCUGAUGGACUUAAACUGGACAGUGUUCUAGAAGGGGAACUCACCCUACCUCCCCAACUUGCUGGCCUCCCCAGCACUGAUGGUUCCCAUCUCCACCGCCAAAGCCAGCUGCUGUCACCUCUGUUCAUCCCCUUGUGUGCUCUGGUAGUGUAUGGACCCUGCUUUUGCAAAGACAUUUUGUAGCUUACAUUGCAGAACAAAUCCAAGGGGUUUUUUCCUUCUGCUUGUUCGAGGCUCACUGCAAAGGACCAGCUCUGAGCCUAGCUUAGGGCACCACCUGAAAACCUACAACACCUUUCAGGGCUGUGAGUGGACAAGACCCCUCAAGAUCUUCAAGUGAAAUGUGUAAGUGAAGUAGAAGAUGGGGAAUAACAUCAGUCCCAUAGGGUAUGACUAGCAAGGCCAAAAUUGAUCUGUCAAGUAGGAGGAGCACAGGACAUGGCGAGGACUUGACAGCCAUUUCCCAGGGAUUUCCCUGAUGCACAGCCCAGAUCCAAAUCCCACUCAAGGUCUGUUAGAGAUGUGUACUCUUUGGAUUGGGUAUUUUCCACCUGAGCUGGACCAGCAUCCUUCAGUGUCUCAGAGAGGUGACUCAUACUGCUGCAGGCACAAAGCCCUCUACCCAUGCACACCAGACACCUGAGUUGCCUUGGGGCUCAUCUUAAGGCUAGGUCUGGCAGGCUGUGAGUGCUGCCUCUGUUCCCAGAAUACAUAAAUGCCUGAUCCAAACUCUUUUUGUCAUCCUUGAUGACUCCUGCUAUUAAAUCAUUCCCCACUUUCCUCAGCUGAGAGCUUCUCCAGAAUGUUUGGUAUCAAUGGCUUCUCUGAUGCUUACUCAAACAGAAUUUUUAUUUUCCCCUCCCACACAGCUGCCGGUGGGAGGUACUGAUUCAUGCCAACGACCUUCCCAGUCCUGGAGUCCAAAGGCAGCCAGGGAGAGAGCUGAGCUCCUGCAACAGGCAGGGGCUGAAGCAGGUCCUCAGCAGGUGUCAGUGAAGUGAGUGGAGACAGGGCCAUUUACACCAGUGGAGGAUUUUCCCCCAGGAGUUUGAGGUGUUUUGGUAUGCCUGGAUAUUUCGGGACGUAUGGUUGUUAAAUUCGGUGUACAACAGGCAGUAUACAUCCUGUAUGAAUGUGUCUAUUGAGCAUUGGUGAUUCUGUGUGGGGCAUAUGUUUUCCCACAAUACAGAAGUUCAUUUUAAAAAUACCCUACUCUGUAGGCUUUCCCUAAUGACUGUUUUCCCACACACAUCUAUUAGGCAACAACAUAUGUCAGCAUUUCUUCCUUAAAAGUAAAAUCUGGCACAUACAUAACACACAGAGCAUGAAAUAAUAAGAUGUGAUAAAACAGUAGCUGGAGCUAACCAAAGCCAGAAAACUCAUGGCUGGAAGGUCAAGCCUUUGCAAUGGCCUAUUUGUUUGCAGGUGCUGUGAAUUGAGAGGGAAAGUCUUGCAAUGAAAGAACAUCUGUCAUGGAAAAUUUUACCCUCAGUUCAAGCUGAACAAACUUUUACUCGCCCUGGAAAGUAGGUUCUUGUAAUGGGAAAUGUCAGUCAGCCUUAGGGCAGGUGACACUAUCCAGCAUUGUCUGCAUUUCUGGGUAAGAUACAGUACCUGAGCCAGAAAUGCUGCUAAACGAGUGCUAAAAUCAGCACCUCCCAGCCUGAGAAGCAGGGUUAUUCUGUGAUUACAGAUACUAAGGUGGGGAUGCUGUGCCCUGCAACAUAUUUUCAGUGUGCCUUUCACUAAUUGGUUGGUUCUAAGUUCCCAGCAGCUUGUUUUGGGUAUUUGGGAGCUUCAGAGAAAGAGUGAGAGGGCAGGACAUACAAACUUACAUCUUUGUCUAACAGCAACUCCUCUCAGAAGGCUGCAACUAGAGGUUGAAAUAAUAAUAGAGGUUUUGUGUCUGUGGGCCAGGCCACUUGUUUAACAAGCAGCUCAGCAUGUGUUCUGUGAGGCCAGCUUGUGUUUGCAUCCUUAAUCUCCUCAUUUCUCCCUGGGUUUGGCUGGUCCCUAAGAGAGCAUCACUGCUCUGGGCAUGGGCUGGGGGCCGAGAGAGUGAGGACACAGCCAAAGGCGGCCAUAGGAUAACUGCUUAUGUGUUCUUUUAAAACACUUCUUUCCUCCGUGGGAUAGCUGGCUGUAUGGAGGAGUUGCUUUGUUUUGUAUUUAGGGGUGGCUUAUUUUUGUGAUCUGUGUUCUCACUCAGGAGAAAGGAAAGGUUGAUCUUAGGCUUGAGAUGUUGGUGCUGUAAAGCAGAAAGAGGCGCCCACAAGUCGAGUUCCACAUGUAGUGAUGAGAAACGUGUGUAUGUGUAGACAAGUCCCAUGUCUGGGUUUCUGUCUCUGGGAAUGUUAAUGCUGCUUGUCUGGUGUUCAAGAAUAGACUUAAGGCACGUGAAUCACUGAGAAAAAAAAUCUUCUGGGAUGAGGAGAUACAUACUGCUGUUUUCUAGGCUGGAGGAAUCUUACCAAAGGCAGCAGUGAAUGCAGUGGUGUGCUGGACAAGGAUCUGUGCCACUUCCUCCUGUUCCCACUUCCACAGGUUGCUAGUGCUUGAUGAGAGGAGAUGUGUCAGCCCCCAGCCUGCCAAAAGGGGAAAGAAAUGAAGCUGACAAAGUCCAGACUUUAGCAUUUGAGUGCAGCAGGCACUCUUGACACCCCUGAUCGUCCUUAGAGCUACUCAGCCUGGGUGGGUCAGUCAGCCUUGGGUGCUCCUAAUCUUGAAAGGAGGUAUCUUCUUAACUUUGUUCCCAGUGUGAUUUUGCCACACUUGGCCCAUUUGAGCCUGAAUUUUCCCCCUGAGGCAGCCACCCAACUUCGAUCUGCCUGGAGGAGGACAAGGCACGUGGAAACUCUUUUUUUGCCAAAGCCAGGACAUGACACUUUGCAAGCUCAGUAUGCCUCACAUGAGAGUUGGCAAAACCACCCACUGUGGCUUCCUCUUUCUCAUAUCCAGGGUAGUAGAGUGUCUUUCAUGGUCUCUUGUUCUGCUCUUCAUGUUUGCAUCACCUUUCCACCCUGAGGGUUACUAGACAAAUUUACACUGACAGAGUAUCUUCCAGGUAUUUUCAUUUCCUAAGGCUGCCUUUAAGCUUAAGCCUCUUAAACCUUUUUUAUAAGCACACAGCAUUUCACACAAAGAGCCUAAAAGUCUUAAAAUCAGGGUAUGCGAAAGAAAAAUAUUAUAUUCUACGGGGAAGAGAUGGUAGCAAAAUCUCCUCUUGCAUUUUGUAGGUUUUGCUCUCUCUUUCAUAGAGCCUUUUUGGAGCUGGAUUUCUGUUCUUAGUGCCAGUGGGGAUUAAAAAGGAGGUUAUGGAAAAUUUCUUUGGCAAUUCCUUUUGCUGUGUGAGUAUGGCUGUCAUGAAAUAGAUCUCUCAGCACUGUGUUUUCAGUCUGGAAUUAUGUGCAAGGGCAUAAUUGGAUUUUUUUUUCAGUACAUAUAUCGUUCAGUAAUAAAACCUUUACUUUGAAAUAAUUACAGUCUGUUGCAGAAAUCUAUAUAUUUUUAUUCUACGAAAUAGAAAUUUGCCUCUGAAAUUUCCAUGAUGCUAUCAACAACAGAACAAUAUUGUUCUUACAAAACAGAACCGUUGCUGAGAGUCAAAGUGCUAUAAAUAUUUAAAGAAAUUAAUUACUAAGUAAGCCAGACUAGCGCCCCAGUCUUUAAAUAUUAAAUGGAACAUAUAUAGUUGACAAAAGGCAGACAGAAACACUGAAUGGGGCAAUUUAAUUGCCUAAAUGAAAUUAUUUGUGGUGCAAAGGCAACUGUUAAAGUCAUUUUUGCUUAAUGAGAAGCAGUACUCAAAAUACGAGGGCUGAAGUCGGCUUUUUUUUGCUUGCUGAAAGAAAUUUCUAUCCUGUUUUACAUUCUACUGCACAAGCCUUGAACUUCACCAUGAGGUUACCAGUGUGAUUAAUUGCAUACUUUAAAAAAAAAAAAUGCAGGGGCGGUUGGGCAGGGGUUGUUCUGUGGAGGAGUUUUUUGGGGGGAGCACCUCCGUGUGCAGCUCAUCUGGGCCCAGGCUGGAGGGUGAGAGGCUCCAGUGCUCUCAGGAUGCUCUCUGGCCAUCAACUGCCUGGGAACUCCAGUCCUGCAGUGAUGCCAAGCAUCCAAAAGCCAGGCCAGAGAGACAUGUUGGCAGCUUUUGGGGACUGUGCGUUGUCCAGGACUUGUCUCUGGUGAGGAGGGUGUUGGGGUGCCCUUACUUCCCCUCUUGUAGAGGAGGAGGCACCUGGGGCUGUGGAGGUGGCUUCUGUUGUCAGCAAGGCAAUUUCAUUAUAGGUGAGACUUGGAGAAGAUUAAGUCAUAGCCAAAUUUAUAAAGCCAUGAGUAAUCAUGUAAGGGCUUCUUAGGCCCCUGCUGCAUUUUAGCUUGGUGGUUGGUUCAUCUGGAGUGGUAGGUUUUGAUUAGGACUCCAGCAGAUCAUCUUCUGGCAGCAGAUCAGGUUAGAAGUGGCAGCACUGGCAAAAUGAAGAGUCUCGUGACUAAAAAUCCCAGCAGGAAAUAUGCAUGUUGUUUCACAUCAAUGCCAUCUUUCCUGUGGUAAUUCCCAGUAUAAUUGCAAGAGCUAAGUUGCAUUUACUGCCUGGAGCAAGCAAGGUCAGAGAGCUGCUAUCAGGGAAGGACCUUGGAAGUGGCACUGCUUUUUGGUGGCAAUCAUGAUGACAGUGCAGUAUGGAAAAAUUGUCCUUUGUUCCCUAUGCCCCGAAGGCUGCUUUUCGUUUAUGUACUUAUUUUUGUAUUGCAGCAUAAUCUAGUUUUCUGCCAUCUGAGCUAACAAACACUGAGGGAGGAAUGGCUGGGGGGGUGGAAAUAGGUGUGUGUGAGCAGCAUAUGUGAAGAUGUUCAUGUGGAAAACCUGGGAUGUUGGGGAAAUGGUUGUGUUUAUACUUAGUCUACCCUCUUUUGCCUUUGUUUUGGGUUUGGCUUCCUUUUGUGUUUGGUGUUUGGGUUUGUAUGUUUUGGUGUUUUUUUUUUCUGGUGAUACAUUUACAGGUUCUGUAGCCUGUGAGUGUAUCCAGAGGCCCUGAAGAUUUAUAUUAGCUAGCACAGGGCUUUCUCCAGAAGACCACAGCAGUCUGUGUGUGUAUUUUUCAUAUCCCUUAACAGUUAUGACAGUUCUUGUAGGCAGAUUUUAAACCUCUUUUUAGUCUGUCCAUAUAAUAUUUAACCUUAUU